AUGAACCGCAAUUCCUCGUCCGGCGCGUCUCCGCGGUCGCGUAGCCUCAGGCCACCCUCCGCUCUCCGCGUCUUCCUCGCUCUUGUUGCCUUUCGUCUGGCGAAUGCUCUGUCCCUGAGGACUUUUUUCCAGCCCGAUGAAUUCUUCCAGUCGCUGGAACCUGCUUGGCACGUGGCUUUUGGGGAGUCCCAGGGUGCCUGGAUUACCUGGGAGUGGAAACACCAUCUGAGGUCCUCGAUCCAUCCUCUACUUUUUUCGGCUGUCUAUUCGACCACCGAUCUCGCUGCACAGGUUCUUCAUCUCUCCGCCGCUACGCGGGCGGAUCUCCUCAUUGCCGCUCCGAAGGUGACGCAGGCCGUCAUCGCUGCGGUCGGGGAUUUCUAUACAUGGAGACUGGCGGGUUUGGUAUACGGAUAUCGGAGCCGUGAAGCGUGGGCCGCGCUUGCCUUGACUGUGGUUAGUCCCUGGCAGUGGUUCUGCUCGACCAGGACGCUGUCUAAUUGCCUCGAAAACACCAUCACGAUUGUCGGACUUUGUCUGUGGCCAUGGGAAUGGUCAACUUCAAGACCCCGACCUAGGGACAGCGCAAGAAAGGGUGACCGUGACUGGGCUCUCAUUAGAUUGCGCCAGUGUCUCUGUCUCGCAGCUCUUGCGUGUAUCCUGCGCCCAACUAACAUCCUGAUCUGGGCGACUCUAGCCAGUGUCGCAUGGUUCCGCAGCUCCUGGGCUACAAGGAAGGUUCUGGCUCGUGAGGUCUUGAUUUGCGGAUCGACGGUCCUUUUCUCUUCGACUUUGCUGGAUCGCCUCUUCUACGGGGUGUGGGCAUUUCCACCCCUCCGGUUCCUCUACUUCAACAUUGUGCAGUCCUUGUCGGUCUUCUAUGGGAAGAACGACUGGCACUAUUACGUCUCCCAGGGUUAUCCGCUACUGCUGACGACCGCGCUACCAUUCACUGCGAUCGGCUUAUAUCGCGCGCUAACUCGUCGGCAGUCCAACGGCGGGCAGGCGUCAAUGCAGGUCCAACUUGGAGCCAUCUGUCUGGUCAUGCCGCUGACUCUGUCCCUGAUAUCCCAUAAGGAAGUGCGGUUUAUCUACCCAUUACUGCCUUCCCUGCAUGUGUUGACAGCUCCAACUCUGGUGAACUUCUUCCUUCCGGCAGUCGCCCGUUCGAGCGGAUCAUACACACCGCGCAGACUCACCCUCGUCUUCCUGCUGCUAGCCAACUUUGUCAUCGCCCUUUACACCACUCUCUACCACGCUUCCGGAACCGUCGAAGUUCUCUCCUACCUCCGAGAACAACACCAAUCCCACAAUCCUGACCACGGCAUCACCGCGGGAUUCCUCAUGCCCUGCCAUAGCACCCCGUGGCGCUCCCACCUCGUAUACCCCAACCUCCGCGCUUGGGCUCUUUCCUGCAACCCGCCCGUCGAUCUCACCGACAGCCAAAAGGCCGUCUACGUCGAUGAAGCUGAUCAAUUCUACGACCAAGCGGGCCAGUUCCUCCGCACCCACAUGGGGGGCGGCUUGCGCCACGUUCCCCGAAAACCCUCAUACAUAACAAUGACCACUAAUCCGUCCUCGAAAUCCAUCAUCACCGCCUCCGGAUACCAACAGAAAUUCCCCCACGACUGGCCCGACUACCUCGUCUUCUUCGCCCAGCUCGAACCAACCCUGAAACCCCUCCUGCGGAGCUCCUCGUACGCCGAAUGCCAUCGAACUUUCAACUCCGCCUGGCACGACGACUGGCGUCGUCGCGGCGACAUCGUCGUCUGGUGUCUCGAUGCAACCGAGCAGCAAGCAUGGCGUUCCAUCCUGGAAACGGGAAUCUUCCUCCUCUUCCCCGUUGUUGUCAUUCAUGUGGAAAUGGUCGCCAUCGCGGCUGUGGACGACGUCGACCCAGUCGUCGUGGUCAUGGCCCUGGGAACGUCGUAG